UCCGGGAUCUAUGCGAAUAUAACUGCUCUCAUCGGCGUGCCACAGGUUCUCUGUCCUCGUCUCUCUCGCCGACUUUCGAUGAGUCAUUCGUAAAACGAUCGAGUUCAAUCGGAGAGCGAGCCACAUCGUUGUGCAUUUGAGUCGCGCGAGGAGCGGAGAAGCCAGGAAAAGUAGUGGACAGUGCGGGAGUGCAUGAAACAUGGACGCGUUGGAGUUGCAAGCCGCGCUUGUGAAACUCGACCCGGCGACCACGGUGACGCCGCUGGGCUUGAGCGUGAAUCUCGUGCCAGCUCAUUUUGCCGAUCCGCCGUCGACGACGGCGCCCAUCACGACGGCCACGACCAACGCGACGCCGGCGACGCCGGCGACGACGGCGGAUAGCGGCAGUGGCGGCGGCGUCGCCAAGAAGAAUAACGGCGCGAGCGCCGGGCCAAGCGCCGCUGGCAACAACAAGUGUGCUAUCGCCGAGGUGAGGUGACGUCAAGCUUGCAUCGGCGUCAACAUGAUUUACCAUACCUACCCGCCACACAGAGCCAGUCGACACCACAGCAAGCACACGGCCAAGGAGAAGAGAUACCAUCUUCUUCAUCAUCACCAUCAUCACACU